AUGCCAAAUCACAAAAUAUGGUCUAAAGUUACAUUCAAGAUAACGCUUACUUCAGAUCCGAAGCUGCCUUUUAAAGUACUUAGUGUACCAGAGGCAACACCAUUCACGGCUGUGCUAAAAUUUGCAGCAGAAGAAUUCAGGGUUGAGCCUGCAACCAGUGCAAUAAUAACAGAUGAUGGAAUUGGAAUAAAUCCUCAACAGAGUGCUGGUAAUAUUUUCCUAAAACAUGGUUCUGAGCUCAGAUUGAUACCCAGAGAUAGAGUGGGUCUCUCUCCUUAA